CUCCUCCAGGGCCUCCCAGGCACCUUGCUGACCCACCAUGGGCACCUCCCUGCCCAGGUUGGGCCCACAGGCCCUAAUUUGCUCAGCCUUGCUCUGAAGCACCUUCUAAGCUGCAAGGUACCUUGAAACAGACAAGCCUUCCUCACUGUGUAUAAUCAGUGCCUCAGACACUGGGACUUGGCAGUGGCCAUGCCCUUGGCUCACUGAAAGCACGGUGUUACUGCUGCCUCAGGCACGUGGCCUGCCUCUCCCCUCAUGGAUUCUUUCCUCCCCAGGUGGUGGGCUCCUCCAUGCCGCUCAUUGGUGACCACCAGGAUGAAGACAAGCAGCUCAUCGUAGAGCUUGUGGUCAACAAGAUGGCUCAGGCCCUGCCCCGGCAGCGACAACGGGAUGCCUCCCCUGGCAGGGGCUCCCACAGCCAGACUCCGUCCCCAGGGGCCCUGCCCUUGGGCCGCCAGACCUCCCAGCAGCCUGCAGGGCCCCCGGCUCAGCAGCGACCCCCACCACAGGGCGGCCCUCCACAGCCGGUCCCAGGCCCCCAGCGCCAGGGACCCCCAUUGCAGCAGCGCCCGCCCCCACAGGGCCAGCAGCACCUUUCAGGCCUUGGACCCCCAGCUGGCAGCCCCCUGCCCCAGCGCCUUCCAAGUCCGACCUCAGCGCCCCAGCAGCCCGCGUCCCAGGCCGCGCCGCUGACCCAGGGUCAAGGCCGCCAGUCUCGGCCAGUGGCGGGAGGCCCUGGGGCGCCUCCAGCAGCUCGCCCGCCCGCCUCUCCGUCUCCCCAGCGCCAGGCUGGCCCCCCACAGGCUACCCGUCAGACAUCCGUCUCCGGACCGGCUCCGCCAAAGGCCCCUGGGGCCCCACCAGGCGGGCAGCAGCGCCAGGGCCCGCCCCAGAAACCCCCAGGCCCAGCUGGCCCCACACGCCAGGCCAGCCAGGCGGGUCCUGUGCCCCGCACUGGGCCACCCACCACGCAGCAGCCUCGGCCCAGCGGCCCGGGCCCCGCUGGACGUCCCACCAAGCCACAGCUGGCCCAGAAACCCAGCCAGGACGUGCCACCACCCGCCACCGCCACUGCCGGGGGGCCUCCGCACCCCCAGCUCAAGUAAGGGAACCCCUACAGCAGCCCUUGCCUUGCUGCUCACAAAGCGGGCCCCUACCCCAGUAAAGCAGUCCUAGCUUUCAUGCUCCUCAGACCCAGGUCCCAUGCAGGGGUCCCCAAAAACUCUCUCCAGCCUGGGCCAAGCCCUUCCCCCAAGCUUUCGAGCCUCGGGGCCCACCAGAAGCUCCGCCUCCUCACCCCAGGAAUUUGGUGCCAGAAUCCCAGAGAAACUGCACUCAGUUCGAAUUCCUCCUCAUAGGCCCUGGGAAAGUCUCC